ACUCAACUCUGUUUUUCAAUCUUUUCUCUACAUUCUCAGAACCAACCAGGUACCUGCAUCCUCAUCGUCUCCAUCGCAUAAUCAGGCGAUUUUUGCAACUAAAUGCGAGUUCUCGAUUAACAUCCUCCGUCUAUGGCUUGUGGAUUUCAAAUUCUGGCGUUGAAGUGUUAUUCGUUGUCGUCGGUGAUUGUGAAUGAGAGUGAUGAAUGUGCUAUUGUGAAGGAGAAUUUCGAUUCGGUGAGGCACCGGAAAGAGAAACGUAGUAUGUUUACAAGCGUAUCGCCUCUCGGUAGCCGAAGUUUCUGGGGAAGGCAACGUACUAUGCAAAUAUCAUUUGCUUUAAACACGGGCGGUUUGCCAGGCAACGGUGACCAAGAUAGCGUCAACGGUGACACACCAACGGGCCUAGGUCAAACGAGAUUGGGCCGCCUAGUCAGCGCAGGCGGGAGACAGCUAUUGGAGAAGUUAAAUUCAGCUAGAAAAAACUUCCCCAUGAAGGUAUUUCUCCUCCUCCUCGGGUUCUACACUGCCAAUGCACUAGCCACCAUUCUCGGCCAAACCGGUGACUGGGAUGUUUUAGUGGCGGGUGUCGUGGUGGCAGCAAUCGAGGGUAUCGGUAUGCUUAUGUACAAAAAAUCUACUGUAUCUACCACUACCACCACUAGCGGUAGCGGUAAGAGGAGAUUUGAGUCCUUGAUAGUGUUGGUAAACUAUUGGAAAGCUGGUGUUUGUUUAGGCCUCUUUGUAGAUGCCUUUAAAUUGGGCAGUUAAUCCUUAUUACCAUAUUCUUGGUGCUCUAAAGUAAUUUGCUUGUUGAAAUUUUAUGUCAUAAUAAGUGUGUUUUAGUUC